AUGGUUAAUGGCCUCACAGGAGCACUUUCGCUUGUUCUGUUACUCCAAAACCUUGUAGAGCCCAUAAAACACAAAAACACGAAUUGCUAUGUACACAUGCAUAAUAAUGUCAAUAGCAACAACUUUAUUAACACAGAAACGAGGGAAGCAUAUCAGAGUAGAAUAAAGGGAACCAAAAAUAUUUUUCAUGAGAGUUACAGGAACAGGUAUGUGCCACUGUUCGUGUCCAAGGGAACCGAACUGUUAAACUCGUUUUUUAAGAAUAACAGACGGAGAAGUAGAGAUAACUCGACGAAUAUUUCGAAGAACGAGAAGAAGAGUGCGCCCUCUUCGUUUAAUGAGAGUAAAUACGCGCGCGACAAUAGAAGCAGGUCUUCAAAUGGGAAAAAAUGGGACUCAAGUAAGGGCACCGCUCAGGAGAAAGUCGCCCAUCAGAAGUGCACGCAGCAAAAGAGCGCGAUUGAAGAACGAGCAGAUGAAUUGCUUAGCAGUCUCACUAGCCACACGGAUGAAGGCUUUAUCAGUGUCACAUCGAAUGAUCACCACAACAGGUAUCACAGUCCAAGGAAAAGUCACCACCUAAGAAAUAUGACCAAUGAAAGUGGAAACAGCGACGGCAAUCCUUAUAUGAAUAAAGCUAGUUACAGCCCAAGGGAUAUGUCCGAUGUAUUCUCAAAUUGGGAUGUUGCCAUGGCGAGUGUAAGAAGGAAAAACAACGUAGAACACAAUUUUCCGUUUAUGAUGGACCUGAUUAAGGAAUCCUGCUCCAUACACUCCAAGAGUGACGAUGUGAUGAUUCCACAUGAUCGUUCUGGAGAUGUAGUAAUGGAUGGGAGACGGCUGCACAAAGGGAACGUAAAAAAGAGGAAGAAAUAUUUGAACAGGCUGUACUACAGCUUUAGGGGUCAGAACGAUUUUCUCUCUAGAAAGGAGGGCACCCGUGGGGGUGAUGAGUAUGGAGAGAGGUUCUACGCUUAUCGGGGAGAUCAGCAUGCAGGUGGAGACCCCAGUGAUGUGUGCCUCGGCCCAGUAGGUGACUCUCCCAGACAGCAAAGGGAACCAAACCUGUUGCAGCAAAGAGAACCAAACCUGUUGCAGCAAAGGGAACCAAACCUGUUGCAGCAAAGGGCGCACAGUACCAAAGCGCAGAGCUGGCAUCACAAUGGAGCUGAUACUGCUUCUCCUUCCAACCAUCCGAGCGACUCCACAGACUUCCUAACAUACGAAGAAAAACAAAGAGCAAAGGAAAAGGCCUAUCAGGAAUACACAACGUACAUAGAAGAAAGAAGGUACCCAUAUUUUAAUUUCUUAAAACAAAAAAAUGGUAAGAUAAUAAAAAAAUUACUAAUUGCAAAUAACGGUAUGGCAGCAAUGAAAUGCAUUCUGUCAAUAAAGGAAUGGCUAUUUAAGACAUUCUCCGAGGAAAACUUAAUGAAGAUCAUAGUGCUAGCCACAGAAGAAGACAUAUCAAGCAAUGCAAAAUAUAUUUCGUUGGCAAAUAAAGUUAUAAAGGUACCUCCUGGGAAAAACUCUAACAAUUAUGCCAAUGUGCCGCUAAUCGUUGAUAUAGCAAAAAAGGAACAAGUAGAUGCAGUCUGGCCAGGAUGGGGACACUGCUCAGAAAAUCCUUUACUCUCCACCAUGCUGGAAAGAGAAAAUAUCAUUUUUAUAGGACCAACUGGUGAUGUUAUGGAAGCUCUAGGAGACAAAAUAUCUGCCAAUAUCCUUGCACAGAGUGUAAAUGUACCAGUUGUAAAAUGGAGUGGAGAUAGCAUCCGAGUUGAUAAUUUUGACAAGAAAAUUAGUGAAGAUGUAUAUAAUAAAUCUACGAUACAUUCGUUAGAUGCAUGCAUAAAGGAGUGCCAACGGAUUGGGUACCCUGUUAUGAUAAAAGCAUCUCAAGGAGGGGGAGGGAAAGGUAUCCGGAAAGUGGAGAACGAAGCAGAAAUAAAGAAAGCGUAUGCACAAGUACAGAUGGAAUUACCCAACUCACCAAUCUUUUUAAUGAAAGUCUGUAGCAACGUUAGACACAUCGAAAUACAAGUUGUCGGGGAUAUGUAUGGCAAUGUAUGCUCCCUAAGUGGAAGAGACUGCACCACUCAAAGGAGGUUCCAAAAAAUUUUUGAAGAGGGGCCCCCGUCAGUUGUACCUCCGAAUAUUUUCCGUGAAAUGGAAAAGGCAUCCAUACGUCUAACAAAAAUGAUAAAAUAUAGAGGUGCUGGAACCAUUGAGUAUUUAUAUGACCAGGAGAAGCAGACUUAUUUUUUUCUCGAAUUAAAUCCUCGGCUGCAGGUGGAACACCCCGUGUCGGAGGGCAUCACCAACACGAAUCUUAUUUCGAUACAGCUGCAGGUGGCCAUGGGGGUUCCCCUCCAAAAUAUAGAUGACAUUAGGAGGUUGUACCGCAUAGGGCAAGGGGGCGAGGGCGCGAGUUUUCGUGCGCCGGUGGAGGCCGUCCACAGGUUCGGUGCCUCGUGCGAGUAUAGCCCCGCAAGCGGUAGCAUUGGUAGCAGCGUGAGCAGGGAGAGCAGCGGUGGUGGUAGUGACCCCGUUGGUAGUAGUGACCGCGUUGGUAGUAGUGACCGCGGUGGUAGUAGUGACCGCGGUGGUAGUAGCAGCCUCGGUAGUGAUAACACUUUCUGUGGACGCGAGGGCGCCCGCGAAAAGGGAAGAGACCAAACUAAUGACCCAUCACCCCCCCGCGCGGAAGAGAUGAACCAAUUCGACUUCUACAAUAACAGGCCGCACGUGAGCAACCACGUGAUUGCCGCGAGAAUCACCGCAGAAAAUAGCAAUGACAGUUUUAAGCCCACUUCGGGAAAGGUAAAAAGAAUCCAUUUCCAAAACUCGAACGACGUUUGGGGAUAUUUCUCAAUCAAUGAUGGAUCCGUGCAUGAAUUCUCCGAUUCGCAAAUUGGACACAUUUUUGCAAAGGGAGAAACGAGGGAAAUAGCCAGAAAAAAUCUAAUCCUUGCAUUAAGGAAGUUAAACAUAGAAGGGGAAAUAAAAACAGGCACAAAAUAUUUAGCAAAAAUUUUGGAAUGCAAACCAUUUAUUGAAAAUAACAUAACAACCAAUUGGCUAGACACAAUUAUUGAAAAAAAAAAAAAUAUCUAUUACAGUGCAGUACAUAUAAUAAUUUUGUGUGCCACCAUUUUUAAACUCCUAAUACAUUUUACGAAGGAAAAGGAGGAUAUCGAAGAUGCGCUCAGUAGAGAGGACAUUGGAAUUAAACCACAUGAAGAUUCCUUCGCUAAUUUGAAGAGGGAGGUAAAAAAUGGGUACCUGUUCGAUAUCGUAUUUGAAAAUGUGAGGUACAAUUUUAAGGGCUAUAAUACAGGGGAGAAUCUUUAUACUUUAAAAAUUAAUGGACAGGAAAUCGAAGUGCUAGCUGAUUACGACAAAAAGAACAAUAAAAUAUCUGCCAGCUUUUUCAACCACACAUAUGUGUAUACAUGUUCGGAAGACAGCUUAGGGAUCCACUUGCAUUUGGAAAAGGACAGUGUUUUUAUCCCCAAAAUGAGUAACCCAUUUCAUUUAGUCUCCAAUACGAAUGGGAAAAUAGUAAAAUAUUUGAUAAAAGAUGGAGAGAAGGUAGAGAAGAAUGAGGACUACAUAGAAGUUGAGGCCAUGAAAAUGAUCAUGACUUUUAAGUCUACAGAAAAGGGUAUACUCAGGCAUAGGAUGUCUGAGGGUACCAUCGUAAAAAUGGGGGACCUCCUGGGAGUGAUUGAGGAAAGCUCUAUUCAGCAAAGCAACACACAGAGGGGAGACCAAAACGAAAUUAAAACCUUCAAGGGGCAUUUGGACUUAUCCAAUAAGUACGCAUACGAGUUGGAGGAAGGGAGUCGACUGCAGCACCCACUUAGGGGGGAGGAAGUUCCACUAGGUUUUGUCGCCAUGGAUGAAUCUGCGGAAGGUACCUGGCCGAUUAGCGAUAAAAACGAGGGGAAAAAAAGUCAUUUGCAUAAAGGCGCUGCAAAUCGUGACGAGGAAGAGACACUGAGGGUUGUGCCAAACCAUGCGCAAAGUGGAAUGCAUCGUGUGGGUGAAAAUACCGGGGGGAUAGACGUCGGGGAUGCUCCCAAGUCGGAGGAUUCCUCCCCCUCCUUCUCUUCCUCCUUCGAACAGGACGAAGUGUCAUCCAGGGAAGGAAUCAAAAAGAACCGGCUAUUCCUAAAGCAGAAGAAAAAUCUAUUCCGCUUGUUUGCGAGCAAAAAGGCUAGUGAUAAUAAGGAGCACACUGCAGCGAGUUACGUAAACGAGAAAUUUAACUCCGUGAAGGCGUACCUGACUAGUUUGAGUUCGUCCAGCGCGAGUUCGGCGGCACCCACGAGUGCGAGCACGAGCGUCAAGGUGGAGGCAGAUGUGGAGGAACCCGCGCGGACAGCAGCGGGGGUAGGAGCGGGGGUAGGAGCGGAGGUAGAAGCAGAGGCAGAUGUGGAGGCAGUCGCGGAGGCAACCGCGGAUGCAGCGGCGGAGUCGAACAAGUCGUACGCCAAUUCUGAAUCCAGGGGGUGCGCGAAUGUGUCGUCCAGUGCGCACACGGUGAAUGAUGAGUCGGGAAGUGCCAACCAGGGGAGUGGCAGCCGGGGGAGUGGCAGCCGAGGGAACAGCUCCACUGAUCGUCUUAACUCAACCUUUCAAAGCUCUUCAACGAGCGAGAGGAGGGACCGUAACGACAAUGUGUCGACGAGGAAUGUCUCCAAUGAGAAGGCAUCCAACGAGGGCACCCUCAGCUGGGACACGGAGAAUAAGGGGACAUCAAAAAGUGCAUCAAAGGGGAAUUCUAAAUGCACCUCGAACAGUUGCACACAAGUGGGGGGGGACACCCCGGGGGUGGCUUCUCUGAGUGGUCAUCUGAGUGGUCAUUUGAGUGGUCAUCCGAGUGGUCAUCCGAGUGGUCAUCCGAGCGGUCAUCCGAGUGGUCACCCGAACACCGGAGAAGACCCCAUAAAAAAACAGUACCUCUUAGACAUCCCCAAUAUGAAGAGAGUAGAAUAUUUACUAAAAGGAUAUGAACAGAAUUACCAACAAUGCUUCAACGAAUUAGUGAAAAAGAAGCAUAACAUUAACUCCAACUUUAUUUACAUUCUAGAUAAAUUCAUAGAGUACAAUUCACUAUUUGCCAAAAAUGAAAAUAUGACACAGGUAGAAGCUUACGAUAUUUUGCACACUAGUGUUAAGAAUGAGAAGAAAAAAAAAUAUGAAAUUGCACAUGCGUAUACAUACAACUAUUUAAGCAUAAAAUUUGUUGAGUUAGUUUUAAAAUAUUUACUAGACAGUGGAUUGACUUCGUUGAAUGAAAUAUCAGAUGACCUUCUGAAUAAGCUAAAAAUGAUAACAUCUUUUAGAGGGAAAUCAUUUGGUAACAUCAUUUUGCUGGCCAGAGCUAUAGUACACAUCUCGGAACAUAUGCGCUUGGUUCAAUUCGUAAAAGGUGCAUUAAACGAUAGGACUGCCAAUUUUGAUGAAAAAAUUAACCAACUGAAGGAGCACAUAAAGAUAAAGCAGAUCAGCUUUACACACUCGAAAGUGGCACAAAUUUCAAGUGGUGCAUCAACACCCUCUUCUACUUCGAGCAGCUAUAGGAACCAUUGCGAACGUGUAGUGAAUACAUUUUUGGGAAACCCAUCCGAUAUACACAUGUUCCUUCCAUCUCUCUUUACUCCAGAAAAUAAAAAUGCUCUACUAGAAAUAUACGCUCAAAAUUUGUAUAAACACUUUGAUGUCAAAACAGAACUAGUAGGGGAAAACUGCUUGAAAUUUUUUAUAAACAAUUCGGAGGAUGAAAAUUUACUCAUCUUAAAUGAGAGAAGUAGGGUAUAUAUGGAUGAGUUGAUUUCCAAAAGGGGGAUCAACCCCACUAGUGGGAGCAUAGGGCGCAUAAACAGCAUUCAUAUUAUUAACAGAAAUGAAAGCUUCCAUAAUGACUAUGAAGAGAGUGUAAGACAUAUAAAGAAUAUGUGUAAUCAUUUGUACAUUUAUCACUACUUUGGGGAUAAAUAUGGGGAUGUUUACGAGUGGGUUGGAGAGGAAGACACCGGGGAGGAGGUCCAUUCGGGGAGCAUGACAAAUCUGCUGCCCUACCAAAGAUAUAUCUUCUCCUUUGAAAAGAAUUGCCAAAAUUAUGACCUAGAAAGUGUAGAUGAGAAAAUAUUGAAAGGGACCAAGGUAUUCCUGGGGAAGUACAAAAAGAAUAACAAAAUCGAAUCGCUGUUUGCAGAGAGGGUUAUCCACGUGUGUGAGCUUCCAAAAGGUGGAGUGUCGUCUGUAGUGGGGGAAACUCCCAAAAAAGGGGGGGACACCAUGGGGGAGCAAGACCCCCCCCCUGUGGUGAAGCAGCACCGGUUGCAAGACGCACUCACGGAAGAGCUGAAAGAAGCGGUGCAGGAUGUAGCAAUAGCUAGACUGAACCCGAAAGUGCAGGACGCAAAGGUGAGCAGCUACAUAACUUACCAUGUAGUACUCGAUGAAGUGAAAGGGAAAGACGAAGAAGAAUUAAGAACAAUUGAAGAGGCGCUCAAGAAUUUCCUCAAUAGGCAUAAUGAGUUGCUUCUACAAAAUUACGUGAACGAUGUAUACGCCUAUGUGUACAGAAAGGGAGACGAAUCUGCCAAGGGGAGACUAAAAUUGGCACCGCUAAAGGUACUCAGACUGCAUGUCCUCUUCGACGGAGAAGAUAAUGUAAUCGAAGAGGUUGAGAGUGUACCCCCCUUUGAUGUUGACACGUUGUACUUAAAAAGAAAGAGGGCUAGAGAUAUAGAUACGUUAUAUGCCUACGAUUUUGUCAAGGCUAUAAAUAUUUCCUUAAAUAGGAUGAACAACGGUGACCCCGGGGAUAUGUUUACAUAUGUGAACAGCGUCAGGGAGUUUAAGCUGGACUUGGAGGCACUGCAGGGGGGGGGAGAUCGAACGGAGGGGGGGAACACUGCGAAGCAGGUCACGUCUCAUAUUGAUGAGAAGGGCACAUCCCAUGCCGCUCCCUCCCAUGCUGCUCCCUCUCAUGCCGCUUCCCAUUCCGGUGGGCUGUUUCCCCGGCACGACGGCCUCAGCGAAGACGAAGUGAAAAUAAGAAACGCGCUCUACCUGUCAGACAAGCUAAACGUGGGCCAAAACAAACUGAGCGUCAUCGGCCUGUUGAUGAACGUGAGGACAAUCGAAUACAAAGAAGGAAGAGACGUAAUUUUUAUCAUAAAUGACAUAACGACGCAUGGUGGCUCAUUCAGUGUAGUGGAAGACCAGUUAUUUUAUGCCAUAUCUAGCUAUGCCAGGGAGAAAAAAAUCCCUCGCAUUUAUAUAUCCUGCAAUUCAGGUGCAAGAAUUGGACUGUACAAUUUUUUGAUGGAUAAAAUUCAAGUCAGUUGGAAAGACGAAAAAAAAAAGGAACUCGGGUAUGACUAUAUUUACAUAACAGAAGAGGUGAAAAAUAGGAUACCCAAGGAGGACAUCAUAUUUUUGAAGGAAGUUAUUCAAAAUGGGGAGAAGAGAUACCUAAUCGAAGGUAUCGUAGGGAACUUAAAUAAUCAUAUUGGAGUGGAAAAUCUAAGGGGUAGUGGUCUUAUUGCUGGUGAAACAUCCAAAGCGUAUGAUGAAAUUUUUACCCUAUCAUAUGUUACUGGUAGAAGUGUUGGCAUCGGUGCUUACCUUGUUAGACUCGGAAAAAGAACCAUCCAGAAAAAAGGUUCAUCUCUUUUACUAACAGGGUUUAACGCACUAAAUAAAAUAUUAGGGGAAAAGGUCUACGUCAGCAAUGAACAAUUGGGAGGAGUGAAAAUUAUGAUGAGGAAUGGCAUAUCUCAAUUGGAAGCUCAAAAUGAUCAGGAUGGUGUCGACAAAAUUUUCAAAUGGCUAUCCUAUGUACCCAAAACAAGUGACCAUUACUACGACGUUAUUGAGAAGGCACGAGAGAAGAGAAGCGAAUUUAGCAAUUAUGAGCAGACUAACAGGGAGGAGAUAGACAGCGCGGCAAGGGAAGAAUCGCAAGCGGAAAAUAAACACACAUUGCAGAAGGAACCUCCAAAAAUGUAUUUCCAAAGAAUUAAUGACAUAGACAUGGAUGACAUACAGAACUCAGAUGUAGUAGAACUAAUAAGAGGCACAGACGCGAAGCAAGGGUUUUUAGACAAAAAUAGCUACUUCGAAUACAUGAAUGAAUGGGGAAAAGGGAUACUAACAGGGAGGGGGAAAUUGGGUUCUAUCCCUGUAGGAAUAAUAGCUGUUAACAGAAAUUUAGUAACGCAGGUUGUUCCAUGUGACCCAGCAUUGAAAACCAAAGCAGUGAGGUCAACACAUGCACCAUGUGUUUUUUUCCCGGACAAUUCAUACAAAACAGCUCAGUCGAUUGAAGAUUUUAAUAAAGAAAAUUUACCCCUAUUUGUUUUUGCCAAUUGGAGGGGUUUUUCAGGUGGCACAAUGGAUAUGUUUAACAGCGUUUUAAAAUUCGGGUCAAUGAUUGUUAAUCAGUUGGUUAAUUACAAGCACCCCGUUUUUGUGUACAUUCCAAUUUGGGGGGAGCUGAGAGGUGGGUCAUGGGUUGUUGUGGACGAAACGCUAAAUAGCCAGAUUAUUGAGAUGUAUGCGGACACGAACAGUAAAGGCGGUAUUUUGGAGCCACCCGGGAUUGUCGAGGUGAAGUUUAGGUUACCCGAAAUUAGGAAGCUCAUGCAUGGGAUUGACUCGUCCAUAAUUGCUUUGGACAAGCGGCUGGCGGAAGCGCAGGAGGAUGACGUGUCUAGAAUAAAACAAGAAAUAGAGGACAAAGAAAAGGAGCUGUUGCCAUUUUAUUUGCAAGUGUGUCACAGAUACGCAGAUCUUCACGACGUGUCCAAAUGCAUGAAGUCGAAGGGAGUGAUCAGAAAAAUCGUUCCUUGGGAGAAAGCCCGUUCCUUUUUUUACUACCGCCUCGUGCGGAGGUUGCUGAUGAGCACGCUGAGCAAAAAAUACGGAACUGCGUUGACCCAAAGUGAAGAAUUCAAGAAGCUCACCAGUGACAUCGCCUCCUCGGACGAAGACGACUACGAAGUGUGCAGGAGAAUUUUAAAUGAAAGUACUCUCAGGGAUAUACAUCGAUUAACGGAGGAUCUGCACCACCAGAAAACGCUGGACGAGUUUUACAGGGCCUUUCAAAGUUUGCCCUCCCAACAGAGAAGGGAACUCCUUAGCAAGCUGAAUUCACAUGAGUAG